UUCUUUUAUGUGGUCAAAGUUGUAUUAUAAAAACGUGUAUUACUAUAUAAUCUUUACAGUACGAUAUAGUUUAAAUUGAUUUAGGAUUAUGUUAACAAAUACAUUUGUAAUCAGUUAUUUUAGGGAUUGGUUUUUCCCACAUAUUAUAAUUAAAAAUUGAUUUGUUUCUCAAUGUUUAUCAAGUUUUUUCUUGUGGCUGGAGGGUCCCACAAUUACUAUGACUGACAGAUUAGUCAUUACCGAUGAAUGUUAGGUGCAGUGAGAGUAGGAAGUGAAGCUUCGUGUUCGUGUAGUUAGGGAUUUAGCCUCACGUUGAAUGGUUUUAUAAAUUCUGUUGUGAUUGAUUCUCGGAAAAUUGUCGAGGAUAAAACAAAAAGCGAAAACUAGAAGCAAAAUAAUACUGCUGCAGGGGUGGUCCUAAACAAGGUGUUUGGUUUGGUCAGACAUUCCCAAAAUGUCCAGCCUACUUCUUGUAGUUCUGGCUGUUGUUACCUCAGUGUUUGCUCAGUCUGAUGUUCGCUUACCACCCAAUGUGAUAAUUCCUGACAGUCCAAAAGUCGUAUAUAAAAACCAGAAAGCUGAUUUUAGUUUACCAUGUCAAGCCAAGGGCAUACCAGAGCCCAGUUAUGAAUGGUUGAGAGGUGGAAUACCUCUUAUAGUAAGUCCUCAGAUCACAUUUGAUUCAGUAAAAGGGGACAUAACCUUCAAUGAUUUUACAACCAGAGAAGAAGGUGUUUUUACCUGUGUGGCAAGGUCUAUGUUUGGCACCACAACUGUCAAGAGUUUUGCUCCCACAUACACUUUAAAACAAUCCAGGGUAGAAGAGUUCAAAACAAACGCCACCAGCUCUGUGGUAGCUGAAGAGUAUUCCUAUACCAAGCUAGAAUGUGCUAAUAAAGGAGAAGCUGUUGGUGAAGAAAUUGGUUACAACUGGUAUGAUUUCAGUGGCAAUCAAAUUAAAAUUGAAGACCGUCACUUCAUCGAUCAAAAAGGAACCCUGCACUUUUCAUAUGUCACAACAGCAGAUGGUAAUGUAAGACAAUACAAGUGUGGUAUUUCAGCCACUGGUUUGUCCUACAUACAGCUGGGUGGAAUAGUAUUGCUGACUAUCAAGACCAUUGCUUCUCCGACUGCCAUUUCCCCACAAAUACAGUACACAAACAGUGGCACCAAGUUUAUUAGGUUUACAACAGCCACACUGGAAUGUUUUUUCUCAGGAUAUGAUCCACAAUAUCCAAAUGUUCCUGCAACAAAAUGGUAUUUUGAUGAUGGCAAUGAGAUCAUAGCAACAGGUAGAUAUUCAUUUUCAGCUGAUCAUCGUCGUUUGAUAAUCUCCAAUGUUGAUGAAGCAGAUGAGAAAAAUUAUUACUGCCAAGCCCAAAAUACAAGAGGAACCUCUAACAAAGAAGCUGUGUUUCUUGACGUAACUUCCAGCCCAAUAUUUUACCCAAAUGGCGCACCAGUGGACCAAACUAUAUCAGAGGGUAAAGAUGCCGUGUUUAACUGUAAUGCCAGGUCAGCACGUGGUGAAACUGAACCAGAUUAUCCUGUGUGGUACAUUAAUGGACAGCAAGUUGGUUCACAAACAGAUAAGACAAAGUUUGUAUUUACUGAUGGGAACAAGAAAUUAACCAUACGAUCUUUAAAGAAAGCUACAGACAUCAUGUGCAUUCAGUGUUCUGUUUCUAACCCUGUUGGGACAACAUGGGCUGAUGGCUGCCUCAACGUUCUUUUGCCCAUUACAAUUUUGAAACAGCCAGCUGCCACACAGGAAAUUGACCAUGGAGAUACAAUAGACCUCACAGUGACUGCUACCACUGAUCCUUCACAAAAUCUAACGUACAGAUGGAAACACAACAACACAGAAUCCCUCAACCCUCCGCCAUUUGUCAUCUAUAACCCAUCAACAAGAGAGGCCCACAUCAACACAAGCAAUCUAAACACUGAUCAGUACGAAUCUGUGAGAGGAAUCUACAUCAUCAAUGUGACGCAUGUCUUUGAUUACCAUGUGGUAGAGGUCAAUGUGAUACUUAAAGACAAGCCAAAACCUGACAGUGUAGCUCAGGGAGCUACCUUUGAUAUGUGGAUCAUUGGACUAAUAAUUGGCCUUAUCCUGCUGAUCCUGGUUGUUAUUCUUAUUAUAUUUAUAAUCUGUCGCAAGCAGCAAGAAGGAGCUUACAAUGUGGAUAAGAAAGAGACUGGUGCGGGCUUGGAUCCUGAAAAAGAGUUAAAAGAUAAAGGAUUUGAUGAUUAUUCUAGGCCGGUUUAUAAUGAAGACUAUGACUUCCCAAACAAACCUCCCAACAAAGCUGAUCUUGAAUAUGAUGAUGUGCCUAUUGGGGAUGAUGAAAGCCUAGGAGAGUAUGGAUAUGAGGCAGAUACACAUUUCAAUGAGGAUGGAUCUUUCAUCGGGAUUUACCAGAAGAGGGAACCUCAACCCCCACCUCAUGCCACAGAGUCAACUAUCUAAUAUUUGCUUUGUAAUACACUCAAGGUGAAGAUAUAUAACUAUAUUUCUAUUAAUAAAGAAAGAAUCAAAGCAAAAAAUUGCAUUACAGAUGUAAGUUGUAAAAAGUAUUUUCUAAAUAUAAUUACUAAACUGUACUAUUGUAAAAUAAUAUACUUCUUUAAAAUGCUCAAGUUUGUAUGGUUAUUAAAUGAUAUUACACCAACUUAUUAGUUUAUUGUUGUAUAGAUUUUCACAUAAGUUGAGGAAACUGUUGCCUUUAGCCAUGUCAUGUACACAGAAUUAAAUUUGAGUUGAAGUCACCAGCAAUAGACUGACUAGGUUGUGAAGUUAUAUCUAAGGUUUGUAGAUGAAUUCCAUCAUUUAAAGUUGUAAAAUUAAACCGCUUCUGUUUAAAAUAUUAUGUCUUUAUAAGCUUUUAUUUUUAUAAUUCUUUGCUGCUUUAUGUAAACAAAUAUAUUUAUAUAUAUAUAUUACCAAUCAGUGUAUUAGAAAUUUCUAGAUUGUUAUCUGAAUAAUGUCCUUUUAAUUCACAUUGUACUUUUUGUAAAGAUUAUUGUUAAGAAUUUAUAAACACAACAAAACUGUACCAUAAUUCGGAGCAUCAAUUAAAGCUACACGUGAACUGAAUCUUAAAUGUAGUCUUAUGAUAAAGUUUUGUUAGUGUCAUGCUUUUUAUUUUAUAAUGUGUCAUUUUUCUAUACUUCUUAAUUUGAAAAAAAUAAACUUUUCAUUAUGUACAUAUUACAGUUUAAAAGAUGUAUGAAUGCUCAUAUACAGACGUGCCUUAUGUUUCUAAUAAAUUUAUUUAGCAAUUAUUGGAAGAUUUAAUGUAAAUUUGUUUUUAUAAAUUUAUAAUAAGAAUUUAAGCAAGGGUCAAGUGAGAAUGCGGUUCUGUAAUCAUCAUGACAGUGUAAAUAUUUGUUUCAAAUGCUAUGUAUGCAGUCGUCACUGAAGAUAACACUUUGAUUUUAUAGUAACUAACACAAGCUUAUGUAUUAGUGAAUGGGUGAAAAAUUCUUGAAACAUUUCUAGGUCAUUCUACAACCUAGGCAAACUAUUGGCAAGUCAAGUCUAAUUGAAUGCCCUCCGUGUAUAUUGACUAUAUAUAAAUCGUUUUUUUAUAAUCUUUUAAAGUUGUACAUGUGUGAAAGGUGUUAGACUGGCUUGCCAAGAUGGUUGAUGGUUGAGCAGAUGUUAUUGUUUCACUAGCAAACAAGUUGUACAUUGAAUAGCUAUAGAAUCUCAGACUGAUGUGUAUCUUUCAACAGGUUUACCCUUACGUUUCCAAAGUUUAAUUUACAUUUGUUGCUUGUAGUUUAGAUUUAAUGAGUUUUAAAAUAGUAUUUCUAUAUUAAAGAGAGAACUGUAGCACUUUGAUUUAUCAUUGCAAUUGAUUAAAACACAUAAAUUAUUGCACUCCAUCUAGGUAAAAUGUGUAUAUUUUAUUCAUUUAACUUCAUUUGCAAUAAAAUAUAAUAUGCAAAAUAGUUUUCUGACAUAAUCCUAUUCAUUUUUCUAAAGAUCUGUAAAUGUACCCUUUAGUGCAAAAGAAUUUUUAAUUUCUAUUACAAAAAAUUGCUAGGCUGUUUUGACUCAGUUUAUUUCAAUGUUAAAAUAUUUUAUUGAAUGCAAUGGUUGUGAUUAGUGUUUGCUUAGUAAAGGAAAACUGAAGAAAGCUCAACUGGUCUGUUUAUUUUUAUUAAACAAAUAUUUUGAGCUAUCCAUUCUUCUAUAUAUUCACUAUUUAUUAAUUUUAUAAUUUUUUGGUACAUUCCAUUCUAGUGGUACCAAUGAUUUAGCCUAUUAAAGUAAUUUAAAAUUCCAUUGAUAAAAAAAUUGGACAUAUUUGUUUACAUUAAAAUGAUUAGACAAUUCCAUACAUGCAUUCCACUGCUCUGGUUAUAAGGUGCACACAGGUAGUUGUGUAUAUAUUUUACAUAAUCUUAGUAAUUUUCUUCUGUCUUUUAAAGAAAAAUGGUUGUUAUAGCAUUUAUUUUAAUGUAUGAUUUCUAAAUACUGCUUUAUAUUUAGUUAAAAAAUAAUUUGGUUGUGAUGUAUGUAAUUUAGAAAAUCAAGUAAUAAAAAUCAGUUUCUCUUUA